AUGGAUUCGAAACUAGCAGUCAUCUGCGAGCUUUGUUGGUCUUUUCUACAAGCGAUGGCGAUCAAAUGCUUCCGAGCGCUGUCGGUCGCAUUUCUAAGCCUGGUAGAUGGCCUUUCGAUGCGUGGAACAGUGGCAGACGAAGUCGCAACGUUCGAUCAGCUUGCCAGCCGCUGGUGGAACCUGGAUGGACCAAUGAUGCUGCUCCACAAAUUAAACGAUUUACGCGUCCCGCUGGUCGUGGAAGGACUCAUCAGUGCGGGAAAAAUGGAUCGUAAACAGCGCUUCAAGACGGAUGCGCUGGAAGGGCUGAAAAUACUGGAUGUUGGUUGCGCCGGUGGCAUCUACACGGAAGCCCUCGCCAAGUUGCACGCAACCGUUGUCGGUAUCGAUCCCGCGGAGCAUCUGAUUGAGGUAGCCAAAGCUCACGCUGAAACUCAGCCGGAACUCAAGGACCGCUGCCAUUUUCUCGUGGAAUCGAUGGAGCAACAUGCGGCCGGGGACAACUCCGCCAAGUACGACGUGGUGGUGCUGUCGGAAACGAUCGAACAUGUCGUGGACAAGAGCGAACUGCUGAAAGACAUUGCUUCCGUGCUGAAAUCCGGCGGUUCAGUGUUCAUCACGACCUGGAGUAAGCAGUGGUGGGGCUGGCUGCUGGCCGUUGUGAUUCUCGAGCGCGUUAUGAGGCUUCUGCCGAGGGGAACCCACGAUUACAGCAAGUUCAUCAGCCAGGAAGACGCAGAGGCCAUGCUUGAGGGCUACAAUUGUCGCACGGUCGAGCGCCGUGCGUACUAUUUGAAGUUCUGGGAAAACGAGUGGACCUGGGUGCCGUUCAACAACUUUGCCUACACUUUACAUGCGAUCAAGGAGUGA